AUGAUGGCAUCAAGAUCAGCGACGUCGCUGUUUCGCGUUGCGGCUGCAUCGCGCGCGCCCAUCCGCUCCUUCUCGUCCACCGUCGCGGCUGCGCUUCCCAACUCGACCGCGGCGCGACAGAACCCCUCGCAACCCCAAGAAUCUGACUCGACCUCGGCGCUCGAUUACAAGCUCGCACACAAACUGCGAAAGCUUCCACCCCUCCCUUCGCUCGAGCCGCCCUCGCUCGAUGCACCUCAAGCGGUGUCCAACAUCCUGUACAACACGCCACCGCCGUCCAAAGCCCCCUUCAAGCGACACACGCUCAACUGUCUCGUGCAGAAUGAACCGGGUGUGCUCUCCCGCGUCGCCGGCACUCUCGCUGCUCGAGGCUUUAACAUCGACUCGCUGGUGGUGUGCGGGACGGAGAUCCGCGAUCUCAGUCGAAUGUGCAUCGUCCUCCGUGGUCAAGAUGGCGUGAUCGAACAGGCGAGGAGACAACUCGAGGAUCUCGUGCCUGUAUGGGCCGUGUUGGAUUACACCAACACUAAGGUCAUUGAGCGCGAACUCAUGUUGGUCAAAGUCUCCAUUCUUGGCCCCGAGUACUUUGAAGAAUCUCAGCAGGCGAGCAACAACCCAGCAGGAACCCCGGAGCUCAUUGCCGAACGAGAGACGGAUUCGUCCAAACCCGCAACUCCACCCAGCACCCCCGCACCGCUCACGCCCACGGAAGCGCUCCGCGUCAAGAGCGACAACAUGCGCUCCGUCAUCGCCUUCGCAGAACAGUUCCGCGGUCGCGUCGUCGAUGUCUCUAGCACAAGCGUCAUCGUCGAGAUGUCCGGAAAGAGCUCCAGGUGCGACGCCUUCUUGAAGCUGGUGAGACCAUUCGGCAUCUUGGAGUGCGCAAGGAGCGGUACCAUGGUCCUGCCCAGGAGUCCGAUUCCCAGCUCGUAUGCCGGUGCGGAGGAUUUGACUGAGGAGGAAGUUGAGGCUGUUGAUGCUGGUGCCCUGCCCCCCGGCUAA